AUUGUAAUUAAGUGUAUGUUUGACUUAAGUGUAGAAUUAGUAAUUGUAGGUGAAUUAUUGCCUAUAAAUUAGUGUUUGGAAUGAGAUCUUUUCAUUGUAUCAGUUAGUUUCAUACAUAUGGCAAAUAUAGAUAGUAAUGUUAGGAAAAAACGUGGUCGAAAGCCUUUGAUUGAAGGCUGUUCAACAAUGAUGAUCGAAGCAAAUUCUUGGGCAAAUACUAUUUCAACAAAAUUGGGAAGGCGUAAUUUUCAAUUUGUAUUCUCUGAAUCGUAUCAUUCACAGGGAAUCAUAAAAGUCCCGGUAGAUUUUGCCCGAAAGCAUUUUCAAAACCUUACAGAAACGACUAAGGUUCUUUUGCGUCUUUAUGAUACAAAUUUUGAGGCUGAGCUGAAGGUUCAGACUAUUGAAAAUAAAAUUGUGAAGUGUUUUAUCAAGAAAGGUGUUGAUAAAUUGAUUGAUUAUUAUGAAGUGCAAAUUAAUGAAGGCGCUGUGCUGAAGCUUAGGAAGGGGAAGGUUAAUAUAUUUGAUGUUUAUCUGCAACUUAAUAAUGAAUCUUGAUUUAGUUAUUUAAAAUCAUUAAUAAAUAAAUUUUUUUGAGUUGAUCUAAUUCUGUGAGUUACUUUUAAAGUUGUAUAGGUGAUUAAAUAAAUUUGAGAU